AUGAAGACGGAUCGUUGGUAUGCAGUGUCUGGACUCUGUUCCUCUCCCUCAGCUCUGGGCUUGUGUCUCAGCGGUUGUCGCAGUUUCUCUGCGCUGGCCGAGUUACCGGACACUCAUCAGAUCCUCAGACAAACCUGCAGAGACUUCGCCGACAGAGAACUGACCCCCAUCGCUGGCAGACUAGACAGAGAGCAUGCCUUUCCCCUGAAACAGGUUCAGGAGCUGGGAGCGAUGGGCGUGAUGGCCAUGGAGGUCCCGGAGGAGCUGGGCGGAGCCGGGAUGGACUACCUGGCGUACAGUUUGGCGGUGGAGGAGAUCAGCAGAGGCUGCGCCAGCACGGGAUGCGUGGUGUCCGUUAACAACUCGCUCUACAUCGGACCCGUCCUGAAGUUCGGCACAGAGGAACAGAAGACGGAGUGGAUCACGCCGUUCACCACCGGGGAGAAGGUGGGCUGCUUCGCCCUCAGCGAGCCGGGUAACGGCAGCGACGCGGGCGCGGCGUCCACGGUGGCUCGUCAGGAGGGAGACGAGUGGGUGCUGAACGGAACCAAAGCCUGGAUCACCAACAGCUGGGACGCCGCGGCCACCGUCGUGUUCGCCACCACGGACAAGAAGCUCAAACACAAGGGCAUCAGCGCCUUCCUGAUCCCGAUGCCUCACCCGGGCCUCUCUCUGGGGAAGAAGGAGGACAAGCUGGGCAUCAAAGCCACGUCCACGGCCAACAUCAUCCUGGAGGACUGCAGGGUGCCGCUGGGGAACAUGCUGGGUCCUCGAGGUGCAGGAUUCAAGAUCGCCAUGCAAACUCUGGACAGCGGGAGGAUCGGUAUCGCCGCUCAGGCUCUCGGUAUCGCUCAGGCCUCUCUGGACUGCGCCGCAGACUACGCACACAAACGCAUCGCUUUCGGAGCGCCCAUCGGAAAACUGCAGGCCGUACAGUUCAAACUUGCCGACAUGAACGUGGCGGUGGAGAGCGCUCGUCUGCUCACCUGGAAGGCCGCCCUCCUUCGAGAUUCAAAGAAACCUUUCACAAAGGUAAAAAUCUCACUUGAUGCUUUGUGUAGAAAACUGUCUUUGGGUAUCACAUUUUGUGUUGCUUUCCCUUUAAUUCUGUGUUUUAUUAGUGCUUAGUGCUCAUUGGUCCAGGAGCAAUCCAU